CCCGGGACGUGGAACCACGGUUUUCCAAUUGGUCCGCCGAUCCGGAUCGUUCGCAAAUUUGCUCGAACGUUUCAGCGCGCGAUAACACGCGCUGCGCGACCGGUCACGCGACGGAUGAAAUCCCGAGGCGUGUCUUCCACUGGUGCAAAAGGGUUCGUCGUGUGUAGACGAAACAGCGUUUGCGAGUCGUGGAGAACACGUGGUACCGGAAACCACGUCGACGAGGCUUGUGUUCGCGCGCGUGUGUGUCUCCUCGAAGUGUGUGGUGAUCGCGUGUGUGCAACGGAAGCAGGAACCAGGAGCGACCAGAGGAGCAACGCGAUACGUGGAAGCUGGCAGGAACGUUAAAUGAAUGUUGUUGCAAGGGGCGGCUGUAAUCGUGAGAGUAGGAUCGGUGCACGGCGGGAUCGGCCGAUUUCAAUUCAUAAAUGUGCGAGAGAAGGAGCCCACAAUGGUGGCUCGGCUCCCGCAACAAGUUCUGCUGCUGCUCGUACUCGUCACUGGGACGGCCGCGGAAGCCACACGCGAGACGAAGGAGUCACUGUGGACUACGUACGACGCACGACGGACCAGCAGAUCCAUCCCUUGGUCGUCCUCGAGCACGGAUCGUAACACGGGAGUGACCAGAUCCGUCGGAAAGUUCCGUCAGACGACUUCCUGGCACGCGGAGAGCUCGAGUCCGAGCUCGAGGGAACGGGUCGCCAUCGAGCUGCUAGAGCUGGUCAGUGAAAGUCCGGAAGAGGAGGAGGAGGUGGAGAUCGAGAUGCAGGGCAUCGAGACGCUGUCGGGACAAGUGAAAAUCACGUUGGAAAAUUCGACCGUGUCGUCGUGGAGCACGCCGGACACUAGGCAGAAGACAAAUCCGUCCGCUGGCCGGACGUUUAUCCGAUCAACGACAGACCGAUCGAGGCUCCAGGACGACGAUCUCUCUUCCAAAAGCCUUGACAACAUAGUGGCGUCGAACGAGAAUCGGUUGCCGUACAAGAUCUCGUCGCAGGAACCAGGCGACGUAUCCACGACGCCGACUACGUUCGUUCUGAGCGACGUCGUACGACGACAGAUGAGGCACGUUCCAGACGUAUGCGACAAGUUCACCGUCGGGGAUGAGGCCAAGCAGGAAUUUUACAGCCCCAACUAUCCGGACAACUAUCCAAACCUCACCGAGUGCGUCAAAGUUCUGGAAGCUGACAAAGAUAUGCUGUUGAAGCUCGACUUUCGGGACGAGUUCAAGCUCGAGGAGAGCGCCGACUGCCGUUACGAUUUCCUCGAGGUACGUGACGGCCAGCACGGCUACUCCAAUCUCCUCGGCAACUUCUGCGGCACGAAUUUCCCCCCAGAGAUCACGUCGAAGACGAGAUACCUCUGGCUACGAUUCCACAGCGACGAUAGUAUCGAAGGCAAGGGCUUCAAGGCCGUCUGGAGCAUGAUACCGAGACCGACCUAUCCGGGAGUUCCACCAGAACCGGAGCCGUGUGUGAUACACGUGGGUGGCAAGGAGGCGAUUAUUAACAGCGACGACGUCCUGGACAGGAAGAAACUCUCCGAGAAGGAAGGCAUCCCGUUGGACUGCAUGUGGAACAUCACGGUUAAGGAUGGAUGGAAGAUUCUGCUGACGUUCUCGGAUCCCUUCAAGCUGCAACGACCGAACGAGUGCGACGCCAACUUCGUGGACAUAUUCAAAGAACGCACCGACAUGUCCUCGAGAGAGAAGAAUUUCUGCGGCAGCAUCGCCGACACCGUCCUCAUCAUGACCAAUAUCGCCUUUGUCAGGUUUUACGCCGAACCGAAAGCGUUGAACAGCAGCUUCGAGGCCGUCAUGACAGCCUUCAGGGACAGAGACCCGGGUGACAAACCCUGCCUCGACGGCGAGUACUAUUGCGAGGACGCGACCUGCAUCGCCGCGAAUUUACAGUGCAAUGGACGGGUCAAUUGCCGUUUCCGGUGGGACGAAGAAGACCAGGCCUGCGACACUAAAAAGUCACGGUUGAUCGACUCCCAGCAUAUCGUUAUAAUCCUCAUCGUUUUCUCCCUGAUCUUGUUCGGCAUGAGCUUCGCCUUCGUUUUCAAUUGCGUACGGAAGCUCGUCAGGGAUCAUCGAAUCAUUCGGGAACACAUCAGGCAGUCCAGAGAAAAUCGAUUGGACGAGCUGGGUCGCAAGGCAACACCCUGCCCGAUCUCGUCUUCGAGGACGGACAUCGGGGACCGGGGUAGCGAGUCUCCGAGCCUGGAAGUGGUGCCCAGCAAGGAACUUUUGCCACCCACCACCUUGAUAGCGCAAGAGUACACGAAGGAUCUGGUGUUGGAGAUGGGCUACAACGCGAGGGACAUGAACGACAUCCACCAGAGCAACAACGUCAGCAACGCCACGCAGGAACGGUUGCAGGAGUCGAACGAGGAGCCAGAGAUGCGCGACAACUCCUGCCAGACGCGGGAGAGCCUCUUCGAGGCCAGAAUCCCGGACAACGUGAUGCCACCAGGCUUCACAACCUUUGGCGUCCGAGGGCCGAGCGUUUCACAAAACGGGACCAACAGUCAUCUUCAUCAUCAUCGUCAUCAUCACUUGCACCACCACCAGAGUCCGUCGCUGUCGCGUCAGAGCUCUCAGCCUUCUCACCAGAGCACGCACCAGUCUUCCGAGCAGAGUCCUCAGCAUCCUAGCACCCAGUGUUCCGGUUGCAGUCCAGCGUCCAGAGGUCGGGACGGCAGCAUGGGCGUCUGUCCAAAGCACAAUCCUAUCCCAGCCCCGCCCGGCUGGUCGACCCACGAGUCCAGUUACCCGCUGCCCCCGCAUCAAGAGUCCCCGUACACGGAUCCGCCGGACUAUCCGUCGUACCAGAGGUAUCAGAGUCCGAAACCCAGCAGAGAAAACAGUGCCUAUCGUCGAUCACCGAAAUUCGUGAGGCAAGCGACGGCCGGCUCUGGCGAGCGGUACGCCUCCAUUUACGGGUCUGGACACGGAUCUAGCAACACGUCGAGCACCCCGCACUCUGGCACGCCAAAGUGCACCCAACAGAUGGCGGGCGACCCCAGGUACAGGGCGGAGGCGGUGAUAGAGGUCGACCAGAGACGACCGUUCAGCAUAGAGAGCACGAAGAGCGCUCCGGACGUGAUCGCGACUCACUGACGCCGGGGUCCUGGGGAUUGGGAGCCCUACAAGAGACGCCAUCCCCGUCAGACGGCCACCGACCGUCAGUUAACGAGACAGAGCAACGGGAACAAAGUGACCGUGGCCACGCAGAGCUCUUUGGACGACGACGCCUCGACCAGCUCGACGAUCGAGGCGAACUCGUCCUCCUGAUCCACGUAUAACGGCGCGAUCCAUCCGCCCGACCAAUUGGACUAUUCGGAUCAGGACGAUGGAGCGUCUUCGGGCGGGUUUGCGCGGUCAACCGGUUCAGUAAAGCGGAACGACGUAUCGAGGCCGACGGAUGUCGACGCAAUAAAAGGGACCGAGUCGCUUCCGGACAAUAUCGGUGAAAUCGAGGGGACGAAAUCGAACGGGGUAUCCGGGACGGAGUUUAUCGGGACAAAUGCGAAGA